GGCGUCUUCCCAGCUCCGACUUCCUGGGUGAAAGAGGAGGGGCAGGGGUGGAGCAGGGGACAGAGAGAGAGAGCUCUGAGCGUUCGGAUCUGGGACGGUGGGGCGAAGCGAAGCCAUGGUUUAUAUUUCGAACGGUCAAGUGUUGGAUAGCCGGAGUCGGGCUCCAUGGAGCUUGUCAUUUAUAACUGACUUCUUUUGGGGAAUAGCAGACUUCGUAGUUAUGUUUUUCCAGAGCAUUAUUCACCCAGACUUGACAAGGAGAGGCUACACAUCUUCCUCCUCUUCAAGAUAUGAUGAUGGAAGGGGGCCUCCAGGGAUUCCUCGUCGCAGGAUGGGUCGAAUAAACCACCUUGGAGGAGGUCCAACUCCUCCACCAAUGGCUGGAGGUGGAUGAGGAAGGUAA